AUGGCAGAAUACGGUCUGUACGGUGCCAUGGUACGACAUUCUCUUCCACUGCCUGACACGAUCACUAAAACUGCUGAAGCUGCUGAUCCACAGCAAAGUGCGGCACCAUGGUUGCUCGGUAAACUUUUUACAGUAGUGAUUCUCAUUGUGAGUAAUUCACAAAGCACAUUCCUUUCUCUUACCUAGCU